AGAUGUGAUGUGUGGUCGGUCAUAGGUCGGUCUACUCAGAACCCGCUUAUCGUUAUAUUGAGUUAUUACUUUACGAAUGGAUAAUCAACAAUUUAAGUUCGUCAUUAUUGGUGGCGGUAUAGCAGGAGUAACAUGCACAGAAACACUUUCACAGCUCCUUAACGAUAUUAGUGACUUUGAAGAUCGCGAGUCAAUUUUACUCGUCGCUGGAUCGGCUCUUGUGAAAACGGUCACAAACUUCAAACAAGUAUCUAGAACACUUGAAGAUUUUCAGAUCGAAGAGAAACAACCCGACUGGAUAACACAAACAUGUCCAAAUGUGAAGGUUGCGAGAACCGAAGUUGUCUGCCUCGACUCUGCAAAGCACACAAUCUACACAUCCGACGACAAGUGUUACCGCUAUGAAAGGCUAUGCAUAGCCACGGGUGCAAGCCCAAAACUUAUCGCAGAGAAAUGCCCAUUAGUGCUUGGCAUUCGAGACACCGAGUCAGUCAGCGUAUUUCAAAGCCGCUUGUCUGGCGCUAGAAGGGUCAUGGUUGUCGGCAACGGAGGAAUCGCCUCAGAACUUGUGUACGAAAUAGAGCACUGCGGUGUUAUCUGGGCGAUAAAAGACGACAGCAUCAAUCAUGUUUUCCUAGAUGAGAGUGCAGCAGCAUUCAUGCUCACUCAUGUCCACGAACGUAAGCAGAAUGCGGACUCUGCAACGCCAUCGAAGCGAAGGACGUACACGCUAGAUAAAGCUAGGCAGGCCGCAGUGACACGUACAAGUGGCAGUGCCUUGGGACCCGACUGGCAUUCAGGAUUAGAAGUGACAGGAGCCGAACCAGCCAUCUCUCGUAACGUACACAUCGAAUCGAAUUGUGAAGUGCAAGAGUUGUUAACACCAGAGGGCGUCGGUUCUCGCAACAUCGUGGUUGACCGUUUGCAGGGCGAGGAACCACAAACGCAGUGGCCCGCAUACGUAAAGCUGACAAACGGCAAGUGUUUCGGCUGCGACCUCGUGGUCAGCGCUACGGGCGUGACUCCGAACACGGCUCCGUUCGUCAAGAGCGGUCCGUUCAAGGUCGCCGAAGACGGAGGACUUCUGGUGGACGAACGGAUGCGGACAAACGUCGUCGGCGUCUACGCAGCCGGCGACGUGUGUACUGUAAACUGGCCCCCUGUUAAACACUGGCUGCAGAUGCGCCUUUGGUCGCAGGCCCGACAGAUGGGUCACUAUGCUGCGAAGUGCAUGCUGGCAGACUACCAGGAGGAGGCCAUCGAGAAAGACUUCAGCCUGGAGACCUUCGCGCACAUGACCAAUUUCUUCGGCUUCAAAGUUGUGCUGAUUGGGAGGUUCAACGCUCAGGGUUUGGGAGUGGAAGAGUAUGAGUUAUUAUUGCGCAUCACGCCCGGGAAAGAGUACGUGAAAGUCGUGCUUCAGGACGGUAAAAUGGUAGGCACUGUUCUGAUAGGGGAAACGGAUCUCGAGGAGACGUUCGAAAACCUCAUAAUAAACGAGAUGGACUUGACAGACUACAAGGAGGACCUGUUGGAUGCAAAUGUUGAUAUUGCCGAUUACUUUGACUAGGAUUUGUAAAAAUGCCAGCUGUUUAGCACACUUGAAGUUUUGAAGAUGGUCUCCAUGUACUUCUAAUAUAUCAUGUGAAAUAGUAUUCAAUGAUGUAAUACAUUUGGACUUUUUUU